UAUGGCUUUUCAGCCGCCCACUCGAAGGAAGAUAAACUCUGUACUCGUCACGCUUCCCAAUACAUCUUACCAUUUUUGACGUCAUCUUCACCUUCAAUCUCCGUUAUAUAAACCUCCCUCGUACCAUUUCUCGCCGAUUCGCUCGCUUUCAUUUUGAUCAUAUAUAAUCAAUCGAAGCAAAAUCAGCUAAUAUGGAUGCGAACCAACGUAUCGCGAGAAUCUCUGCUCAUCUCAAUCCUCCUAACCUUGAUCAGAUGUGUGAAGGGUCGGGUCUAAGAUCGGUGGGUUGUCGGGCCAAAGGCGGAUCUUCCGGAUUCAAAGUGGCGAUACUUGGAGCAGCCGGUGGGAUCGGGCAGCCUCUUGCGAUGUUGAUGAAGAUGAAUCCUUUGGUCUCGGUUCUUCAUCUCUACGAUGUUGCUAAUGCUCCUGGUGUUACUGCAGAUAUUAGCCACAUGGACACUAGUGCCAUCGUUCGUGGAUUUCUAGGGCAACCGCAGUUAGAAGAAGCACUUACGGGUAUGGAUUUAGUGAUUAUACCUGCUGGUGUUCCGAGAAAACCAGGGAUGACGAGGGAUGAUCUGUUCAAUAUCAACGCUGGGAUCGUGAGGACGCUCUCUGAAGCUAUAGCUAAGUGUUGUCCUAAGGCGAUUGUGAAUAUAAUCAGUAAUCCGGUGAACUCCACGGUGCCAAUCGCAGCUGAGGUUUUUAAGAAAGCUGGAACCUUUGAUCCAAAGAAACUCAUGGGCGUCACUAUGCUUGAUGUUGUUAGAGCUAAUACUUUCGUGGCAGAAGUGAUGAGUCUUGAUCCCCGAGAAGUUGAUGUUCCUGUUGUUGGAGGACACGCAGGAGUUACAAUUUUACCGCUGCUUUCUCAGGUGAAACCUCCUUGCUCUUUCACUCAAAAAGAGAUAGAGUACCUCACCGACCGGAUCCAAAACGGUGGCACUGAAGUUGUCGAGGCUAAAGCUGGGACAGGUUCCGCAACACUAUCAAUGGCUUACGCAGCGGUGAAGUUUGCAGAUGCUUGCCUCAGGGGUCUACGAGGUGAUGCAAACAUCGUCGAGUGUGCAUUUGUGGCGUCUCAUGUGACUGAGCUUCCCUUCUUCGCAUCAAAAGUGCGUCUGGGACGAUGUGGAAUCGAUGAAGUGUAUGGUCUUGGACCAUUAAACGAAUACGAGAGAAUGGGAUUGGAGAAAGCAAAGAAAGAGCUUGCAGGAAGUAUUGCGAAAGGUGUUACCUUUGUGAAGAAAUAAGGAGACUUGGUUGUCAAUAAACACUCAAGUUUAUCUUUCAAAUAGAAUAAAAGCUCUUGUUGGUUUUCUUGCGAGUAGUCUCUGAUCUUAAAGAUUCAAGAAACGGGAACCACUCUGUGUUCUUAGAUACGAGAACGUUUGAUAUGUAACUGGGUUAUCAAAGUGAGAACAUAGCAAUAAUCUUGCAACAUUAUCUUCUUCGUAUGUUUCCUCUUAAGUGUUUUAUUGUUUCAUAUCUUGUGUAGUUGUUCCUUUUUGUUAAAUAGAAACGUACGUUUAAAAGUUGGUUUAUUGUUUUUAGACUGCCGUGCAAUGUUAUCAAUUUUCAUAAGUA